AUGGCAGAGAAUGCUAGUAGUUCAGCAAAUGGAAAUCACAACGAGCCGCCACCCGAUUCAGAUGCAAUGUUGGAUGCCAAAGAGGCACGUCGACACAGGAAGAAGCUUCAACGACGAGGAGAGUGGAAGUGUUCAUGGGGUAAAACUCGCAGUGCGACUGAAAGUGAUAGUGAAGAUGAAGAAAAGAACCGUGAAGGAGUAGAAGAUGAGGAGAGCAGUGAUGAUUCGAUGAAGAGAGAUGAGAGAGCAAAAGAAGAAAAGAGGAAGAAAAGGAAAAGACCCCUGAACGUGGACUCUGACGGAGAGGAUAUUCCUGGGUUAGACCUCGAUGGGGAUCCUGUUUUUUCCGACGGUGAGAUAGUGGUUUGCAGUGAAGCAGAAGAUGAGGAAGAAGAAACCGAAGAUGUUGAUAUCCAGGGUCCCUACACAUCUUCAGACAAUGAUGAUGGUACUGGUGCCUACUAUGAAGAUGAUGAGUUAAACUACAGCAGCAACAGUGAUGGUGAUUCUUGGUGA